UAGCAGCACUAGCAGGUCUAGUAGCAGUAGUAGCAGUUCAAGUGAAGAUGUACCGAAACCAUUGACAGAUGAGCAAAGGUCUCACUUACGAGUAAAUAUUAUUUGUCUCACGUUUGUGUUAUUAAUAGAAAGUGAUAAGCUUUCUGACCUAAAGCCUGAUCUGACUAAACAAUGGGCUAGCCAAUCACGAGACGUGAGACAAAAGCUGAUUCCAGCUAUUACAAAAAAAUUACCAGGAUAUCGGCACCAUUCUGGCACGAUUGAAAAAAUUUUAAAACAACAUCAUAAGACGCAGCGUCAGACAGCAACAAUAAAUGCUGACCCAAAAUUAAAGGCCUACAAUCGCGCCAGAAUGGGGAAAAAUAGUAAAGUGAAUGAGAAAUUAACAAAAAGCAAAGAAGGGAAUGCCUAUCAUUCUGAUGAAGAGUGGAAGACCGAUAAAGAUCAGUCGAAAGACAGUAAGAAGGUUAAGAAGUUAGUUUGUAUUGACAAAUGGUGGUGA